AUUGACGGUGACGGUUGCUGUUAACGGAAUUUUUUCAGAAUAAAAUGCAUUUUGAGUGCUGAAUAAAAGUGUUUUUUUUCUGCUAAUCAUACAUUUUAAGAGUGAAGAAAAAAAUAAAAAAAAUUGUUAUUAAAUUGAAUUUAAAUACUUGCAAGUGAGGUGCUUCAAAACUACAAGAAAAUACUAAAAAAUAUUUUUGAAUAAUAAAAUAUAAAUAUUGAAGUGCAAGCAUUUCGUGUGUGCGUGUAACUACCAUUGUGGCAUAAAAAAAAAUCGUGCGUACUUUAAUGCCAUAAACCCAAGCAAGGCAAGGCAAACAACUUCCAAAAGUGUUUAGCUCAUUGUUGUUGUUCGCAAGCGGUUUUAUUUAAUUUCCAGCUUAUUGUCACUGCUGUCAACUUUGAAUUUUUGUGCAGCUGUUUUGUUAUGAUUUUUAUGUGGCUCCUACUUUCAACGCAGCAAAUGUGCCAGUUUUAAGUGCCGCGACGUGCUCAAGUGUUGAAAGCUAGCAAAGAAGGCUGCUUUACUACUACUACUACCACUGUGCUUUGCAUAUUGCUAAGCAACAACAACAACAUUACAGUUACAACACUGGCAUAGCUUUCGCGUGUUACUGUGUGUGUAAGUCCUUCCCCCCCCGAGUCCUUUGCCAAGCACCAGCAGCAUCAGCACUCCGGGUGUCUUAGGCAGCGUGCGCGUGCAAGCAUAAAUUUCGUUGACUCUAAAGUAGUCGUGGGACGGAAAGUCCAUGCGCGUAAAUUUUAUUGCUUGCAUUUGGCUAUAAAAUGUAAAAUUGGCGAAUGAAAAUAUUUGUACAUAACAUCAUAAUAAAAUCGCCUAUAAAAUGGUGUCGUCGCGCUGUCGUAAAGUGUCAGUAAUUAUGUGCAUGUGAAAAUAUUUCUCUUUGACAAGCAGAGAAAAAAACAAAAAAUAAACACUUUGGGUGUGAAAUCGUUAGUGGUCCCAAAGUAGCUGCAGUGACUUUAGGCAGCAAAAUUUAAAAAAAAUUGUAAGACAUAAUUCGCUAGAGGAGACCGCUAUGUAGUUGCAACCAAUUCGGUAUACAAGGGCUUUUCUUCAUAAAAAAGAUCACUAACUAAGGCAACUACGGACACUUGUAAACAACUAAUAAAUCAGAGACCAAACAACAGUUACAGCAGUAUGCGAAAUUUAAUUGUCAACAGUGCCGCUUUUGAAGACUUUGGCGGCGCGCUUUAUGACUGCCCAGCUUACACGCCCACACAGACGCGCUCAUAAUGUGCUGCAACAAUGAGAACAGUUUAAUCCUUUCAAUCCAACCGUGUAGUAACAACAACAACGCCACAAACAAUUUGAGCUGAUUUAUUGCCACGCACGUGACGGAGCAAGAGCAAGAGCCGAGCCAGAGCUCAAACUGCAAAGGCAGAACCACACACACCGCAAUGAUAAUGGAUGCACAUAGCACUGCGACGAUGUGGCGACGACGCAAACCAAUAACAACAACAACCACCGCUAAGCCACUUUACAACACAGCAACAUGGACUUUAAUCAUACUGUUGUUCAACAUCGCCUCGGCGGCGCUGACUUUAGCCGGAGCUUUGGGCAACACAACAAACGAGGCGUCGGCGCUGGCACAGCAUAACAAUGAAACCAACAAUGCAACAACAACAAUUGUUACAAAAGCACAUAAAGCUAGUGCGAAAGCUGAGUCUACCGAGACGCAGCUCAUAGUGGUACCAACAACAACACCGGUGUCCGGUGAUGGCUUUACGCCAAUGAGCACGGUGAGCGCUGUGACGGCUUUGAGUGAGAGCUCGCUGAGCGCGAGCACAUUGAGCACGACCACGAGUAUGCAUCGUAGCGGCAGCUUGGAUGUGCGCUAUGAGGUCGAGCACAAAGCCGAUCUCAUCAACGAUCCUUAUGUGCAAAUCGUUUUCUGCAUCAUCUAUGCGACGGUCUUCGUGUUGGGCAUCUUUGGUAAUGCGUUGGUCUGCUAUGUGGUCUUACGCAAUCGUGCCAUGCAUUCGGUGACCAAUUACUUCAUCACAAAUCUGGCGAUCUCCGACAUACUGCUCUGCGUGUUGGCCGUACCCUUUACGCCCCUCUACACUUUCAUGGGACGCUGGAUAUUCGGUGCCGCCAUGUGUCACAUGGUCUCUUAUGCGCAGGGUUGCAGUAUUUAUUUGUCGACAUUUACGCUAACCGCGAUCGCUGUGGAUCGUGUGUUCGUGAUCGUUUUCCCCUUCAAGCCGCGCAUGCAAAUACGCACCUGCUAUUAUACGCUCGCUUUUAUCUGGUGCUUCUCGUUGAUCGCCACCACGCCGUAUGCCUUAUAUAUGCGCGUUGUUGUUGCGCAUGUCAAGAAGAAGUACGUGAACGAAGGCGUCACGUUCAUUACGGACGGUCCAACUAAUCUGCUGGAACAUCUGAAUAGCACAGCAGCACCGUAUGGCGUUUAUAUGCUGACCGAUGUGAUUACGACGGUGGCCUCUAUGACGGGCGUCGAACUGAAUUUGAAUGCCACGGGGAUUGCAGAGUAUGAUGAUGACGCCACGAUAUACUGCGAGGAGAAUUGGCCUUCGGAGAGUUUUCGUCGCGGUUUCGGUAUACUGACAACGACUGGACAGUUUAUUAUGCCGUUAGGCGCAAUAACGGUUUGCUAUAUUUGGGUGUCGGUGCGUCUGAAUAUGCGCGAACGCUGUCGGCCCGGCGCUAAGUCGGCGGCCCGCGAUGCGGCCGAUCGUGAACGUAAGAAGCGCACGAACUUCAUGCUAAUCGCAAUGGUUGGCGUCUUCGCUUGCUCGUGGCUACCGAUGAAUAUUGUCAAUAUGGUCGAUGAUUUCUAUGACAAAUCGAAUGAUUGGUCUUUCUACACGUUCAUUUUCUUCAUAACGCAUGCGCUCGCGAUGUCAUCGACCUGCUACAAUCCCUUCUUGUACGCCUGGUUGAAUGAGAAUUUUCGCAAAGAGUUCAAGCAUGUCUUGCCCUGCUUCAAUCCAUCCAAACAUCGUCAAAUGAAUCGUUACUGUUACAAUCGCUCGGAUCGCAAUACAUGCGGUGGUGCGCGUCGCAAUGACAUGAGCAAUGGUGUGGGUGUGAGCAUAGAUAUCGAUGAGGGUGAUGAUGAGAAUGAGAAUGGCGUUACGCAGGAGACUUCGUUGGCACGCGCGAAAGAGAAAUGCACGGGCGAGUCACACGAGUUGACCUGCAGCAACGGUGGUGAUGCUUUAAAGUCAAAUAAUAAGUGUUGCAAUACGGUGCUGGUGCAUGGUACACAUGUGGUGGAUAUCGCGCUGAAUGAUAAGAAUCAAAAUCUUGAUUGUAGCAUUGCCAUGGAUGAGGAUUGUGUGUCGGGCGAUGAGCAUACGGUGGAGAUGCAUUUCACGGAGACUGCGUUCGUGAGUUUGGACAAUGGCAAGGAUAUAUGCCUGCUGGAAGCCGGCUGCAACAACAAAGAGGUGGGCGAGCAAAUUUUUAACUAAGGCCGGGUGAGUUUAGUGCGUAAGGUGGGGUGGGACGGACAGUGAGAGGGCGUCGGAGUUAGACAGAGAUAGAGAGCGAGAAAGAGAGAUAGAGAAAGAGGAAAUGUGAGAGAAAGAGAGAGAUAAUAUUUGGUGUACAAGAAAAUUGGUACAAAAUUGUAGGAAUAAAGUCAUAACAGUGACACUGACAUUAGACAGCUGAAAUCGCCAGCAAUUUGUGAUGAGGACAAUAGAGCAUCAGCUCGUUCCCAAACUGAUGAGAUUUCGGCUGAAGCGGUCUUAAGUUCGAGCUCAUCAGCUCUGCUGAUGUCUCAAGUCUUUAUUCGACUUCGAAGAGAAAAUUGACCUAUAAGCAAUUCUGAGAAUGUCUUCUUUAGCAAAUCCAAUGUCGAAUUUGUUCGUUGGAUUUGUUCAUUUCUACACAAUUUUCAUUGUUGGUGGUAGUGCUGGAAUUCAAAUUUUGUGUUCGACGAUUUGUUCAAUAAAAGAGAAAAUUUUCUAUCUUGUCUGUAUUCGAGCGAACAUAUUCGUCAUUGAAUGGCAGUAUCCCCCAUUGCGAGUGUCGACUGGCAGAAGAUAAUCGAUAUUAUCGACUACAGGUGCUAUUGUAAGUGUCUAUCAGUCGGUCAACCAUCCACUGUGAAUGAUUUUUAAUCGCUUAUUUGUUGAUAAAAACUGUUAAAUGGUUGGAAAUUUUUAAAUUAAAUCGACUCAAUCGACUUCAGGUUAUUCUACUGUCAGUAGACAGUCACAAUAGGGAGUUUUGGGCAAAUGUAUCAACUGUUCGGCGAACAAAUUCGACUAUAGCAAAAGGUUUUAAGUAUUUCUCUAUUACCAAUUAAUCAGUAACCACAUAGUAGAACACACUUUCCAAUCCCUAAACAGACAUCCUGCGACAAUUAAAAGGCGUUCUUUGGUCUCAACACUUAUACUAUGACUUAUAGUUGUCUAAUCUGACCUAUAUCUUUUUAUCUUCUUCUCAUCUAUCUUGAGUUUUUGCGGUACGAAAUUAGGAGUUCAUUUAAGCUAACGUGUCCAACGACCUAGGUCAUAUUUCGAGCCGACGAAUAAAUUAAGAGCAUUGCUUGGUAGGGCCAUA